AAAGAUUCAUUUAACAGACAAAUUCAAUUAAAGCCUCCAUUAAUGUUCUAAGGGAAGAUGAAGCCCAGUUUCAUUUCAAAAACUAAAUGAAUAAAGUAAUUUGAUUUAAGGACCAAAAAGCAAGAAACAGGAAAAGCUGAAAAAAGUUGGUCCUUGUGUUUGAGGCUAAACUCAUCAUCACAUUCAGAAAUCACAUGCUGUUUAUCUUUUGUUUAAUACUUUAAUACUCCUUUUAAAAGGAUGGUAAUGUUCCCGUAAUCAAAGUUUUAAAUAACAGACAAAGCACUUUUCCAACUUUAAAACUUGAAUUUAAGAUUUUAUUAAUCUUUCCAUCUACCUUUAUACUAUAUUAAUUUGAAUAAAAAACAAAACCCAAAGAAAAAAAAAAUUUAAAAGCAUUGAAAAGGCCAAGAAAUAGAAUAGAAAUAUAGAAGCCUGCAUUAUCUAAAAGCUUGUUCCUUGUUAGAGUAUUGUUUUCUUUUAGCUGAUUAGCUACUGACAUUCCAGAGAUUUUUCCUCCCAGAGUUUGUUUUAAGGUUUUAACACUGAGAUUUUAAAUCUGAAUCCAACUUUGGGUUUUAAUUUCUUUUCUGAAUCCUAUUCAAAAGGUAUUUGAUUUGGGUCAGUUCAGCUGCUCUCAUUCCUUCAAAAUUUUCCUUUUGUUUUAUUUUAUUUGGUAUUUUCAGUUGGUUGCAUAUCUGGGUUUUAUUUAGUUUUUGCUGAACUUUAAAGAACAGCUUUUUGAGCUUUUUUUAGCUUUGAUUUGUACCUCAAGUUUGGGGACCUUUUUUUUAUUGUUUGUUUUUUCCAGCUACUGUUACAUUAAUUAUAUUUUAUUUUUCUUGGUAGUGUGGUUUUUAAAAGAUUUGAUAGAAUUAGAUGGGUAGUUCCAGUUUUGUGAUUCAAGUAAGUGAGCUUUCUUUACGGUACAUUUCAAAGUACUAUUGAUGAUGAACAGUCCUUGAUGAGCUGAUUGCUGUUGGACUAUUGGAGUUUGAUAUGGAAAAAAAGAGUUGGUUGUGGAAGAGGAAGUCUUCUGAGAGAAGUCCUGGUGAAACUGAAAGUUCCGGAUCAAUAUCGUCGCAGUCCGAGAGAUUUUCAGAUGAUCAGGAGGCUUUCAAGGCAUCAUCACCUAAUGAUUGCACAAAAUCACCGGAAGUGUCGUCAAAAGCUUCAGCCAUUCCUGAAGAAGUUAAUGAUAGCAUUAGGAGUUUGACAGAGAAAUUAUCAGCUGCUCUAGUAAAUGUUAGUGCCAAAGAGGAUUUGGUGAAGCAACAUGCCAAAGUUGCCGAAGAAGCUAUUGCAGGUUGGGAAAAAGCUGAAAAUGAAGUAGUGGUAUUAAAGCAAAAACUAGAGACUGCAGUUCAGCAAAACUCAGCAUUGGAAGACCGGGUGACUCAUCUUGAUGGAGCUCUUAAGGAAUGUGUUAGGCAGUUAAGACAAGCAAGAGAGGAGCAGGAGCAGAAGAUCAAUGAAGCUGUCGCAAAGACUACCCGGGACUGGGAAACUACCCAAUUUGAACUCGAAAGCCAGUUGCUUGAGCUCCAAAAUAAAGCCGAAUCUGUUAAGUCUGAGCCCCCUCCUCCCUUCAGUCCCAAUCUUUUGCAUAAGUUUGAAGCUUUGAAGCAGGAAAAUUCAGCCCUCAAGCUUGAGCUCUCAUCUCAGUUAGAAGAGUUGCAAAUCAGAACAAUUGAAAGGGAGUUAAGCACCCAAGCAGCUGAAACAGCUAGUAAACAACACUUAGAGAGCAUAAAGAGGGCCGCAAAGCUUGAAGCAGAAUGCCGAAGACUCAAAGCCAUAGGCUCUAAAUUGUCCUUCACAAAUGACUGUAAAUCCCCUGCCUCCUCAAUUAAUGUUGAAUCCUUCAUGGGUAGUCAAUCCGACAGCGGAGAACGGCUGCAUGUGGUGGACACUGAUACCCAAAAGAUGAGUGGCCUGGAGGCAAACAAAGGAGAACCUAGUUGUUCCGACUCAUGGGCGUCAGCCUUAAUUGCUGAACUUGAUCAAUUCAAAAACGAAAAGGUCAUCAACAGAAAUGUCCCUAGUUCUUCUAUUGAGAUUGAUCUCAUGGACGAUUUUCUUGAGAUGGAGCAACUUGCUGCAUUACCUGAUACCAAGAAUGAAAAUCAAUGUCUUGAAUCAAAAGCUACAGUCAAACAAUCCAAUGAUGGUGACAGCUCUUUGAAGGCUGAGCUUGAAGCCAUGAUUCAUCAAACAACAGAACUUGAAGAGAAGUUGGAGAAGAUAGAAGCCGAGAAAGCUGAACUAGAAAUUGCUCUUGCCGAAAGUCAAGAAAGUCUAGAAGCAUCGGAACUAGAGUUGAGGGACAAUGAAUUAAAAUUGGAGGAGUUGCAAAGAGAGCUCAGCAAGGCAAGUGAAGCAAAGCAACAUCUCGAGUCUCAACUCAGUAUCAUGGAAACAGAUGCAGAGACAAUGUCAGCGAAGAUUGAUGCAUUAGGAGCAGAAAUUGAAAAGGAAAGGGCACUGUCAGUGCAAAUUUCAGCUGAUGCAAAUGAGUCAAAGCAGCUUCUCGAGUCUCAACUUGUUAGCAUUGAAGCAGAGGCUCGGAUGAUGUCUGCAAAGGUUGGUUCAUUGGAAACAGAAGUUGAAAAGGAAAAGGCAUUGUCAGCAGAGAUUACAGUGAAGUGUCAAGAAUUGGAAGAAGAGCUUUCAAGAACGAGACAGGAAGCUGAGCUCCAGCAAACUGCAAACUCGAACGUUGAAGUGAAGAUAAAACAGGAGGAUUUGGCUGUUGCUGCUGGAAAACUUGCUGAGUGUCAGAAAACAAUAGCAUCUUUAGGGCAGCAACUGAAAUCUCUUGCGACACUUGAAGACUUUUUAAUUGACACCACGAGCAUACCGGAGUUCUCUAGAGGAGUGUCGUUGAUUCCGAAAUCCAGUGAACCUUGGAAGUUACAUUCUAAUGAAACAUAUUCACCUAAAGCAGAUCCAGAGUCAACAAGAGUUGGUGCUGACCAUUCUAGCCCUCAAGUAAAUAAGAAUGAUGGAAAUGGCAACACACCGCCAUCUUCAUCCUCGUCUUCAAUUGUGUCAUCAACUCAUGCCAGUUUAGAGAAGAACCGAAAUGGUUUCGCAAAAUUUUUCACUCGGAGUAAGAAUGGGAUCCAACUAGAAAUUUAAGAGAUUUAGAUUAGUGUAAAACCAAAGAAAUCAUUUGUCAUUUGAAAAGGUAGUGGUUAAAUACUGUUAAUCACCAUUAACUAGUUCACCUUUAGGUUGUCUCAUAUAUAAAUGAAUGGUUGUCUGGAUUCUGGAUACAAAGUUUGAAGUUGAGAACCUUAAUUGCCAGUACCUGGGGCUAUAGUUUCUCCAUCUUUUGAAGAAAAAUACAGCAAGUUCCUUCAAGUUAUUAAGAAGUUAUUUAGUUGUGGUUGAUCAUCUAAUCCAUUUUAAUCACUGUGGUUAGUUUCUUGGGAAAAAAGGAAGAAAUUAAUAUUGUUGGUUUUGCUGCAGUGCUUUGUUUAUGAAGGCUUGCAAAUGAAGUUUAUGUCUGGCCUGCAUGGUUACAUGUAAUUUGAUAUGGAUUCUGUUGUACCAUUGGAUUCUGUUUUUUCAUUGGAUUCUAAAUUUCCCAAAGCAGGAAUAUAAAAUGUUCAUUGUUCUUGGAAUAAGUAAUAAA